AUGUUCCAGUUCAUACUUAAAUAUGAACAUGACCUAGAGGAAGUGAUGCGUAAACGGGUUUGGACGUUUAAUGAGUGGAGCAUUGUGAUUGAUCGGUGGGUGGAGAAGCCACCAGAUGACUAUUUGAAGUAUUUGUUGGUUUGGGUUCAGAUUCGAAACAUUCCGGUGAACCACUACACGAAAGAAGCUAUUGGAACUUUUGGUGAUUUUAUUGGUAAGGUAGAUGUGGUUGCUUUUGAUCCAAACAAAGCACAAAGUCAUGACUACGUUAGGGUACAGGUCUUUUUUGAUGUUUCGAGACUUGUUAGGAAAACGAAAGUUAUCAAUCUACCGGGUGGGGGUACGGUAACCCUACGGUACGACUUUGAGAGGGUACAGAAGAGAUGCUAUCACUGUCAACGCCUAACUCAUGAGAAGGACAAAUGCCCACUGCUAAUUCAGGAGAGGAAGGAUAAAGCUUUUGAGCAUAGGAAGAAGGUUUUGGCCGAGAAGCAGAAAAGAGAGCUGAUGAUUCAUCGAGACGAUCCUCUCUUUGGAGUCUUGAGUGAUGAGCAAGUGGGUCUGGAUCCUGCUACUGGGAAACGUAAAAUUAAUCCCGAGGUUUUACAAAAUAUGCGUGAAUAUCUCUUAGCAGCUGAAGGUGGAGAAAAGCGUGUGCGGGAGGAACGUGUGAGAAAUUCUGUCUUGGGUUUGAGUGAUGAUCCGAAUGGUCAAAAGAACUUUCUGAGACUGGAGUCCCCGCCUUUGGUUAUCUGUGAUUUAGACAAAGGCAAAGGAGUAGUCUCUGACUAUGCUCUGAAGAAUGUGGAGAACCAAGUUGUACUGCGAAGGUCUAAGGGGAAUGUAAACAAAAGCUUGGUGAUCAGGGAUCCCCAACCAUUAGUACCUGACUUGCUCAGGGGAAAAACUGGAGAUCAUGCCCUUUCUCCUAUCUUUUUUGAAUGUUCGACGGGUUUUAGCUCUGGAUUCUCAGACGCUAACUCUUCCGGGACUUCACGACAAAAGGGAGGCAAGCGCUAUAGGCCACCAAAGAGGAUGAGGAAGUUUAAGCCGAAAUCUCCGGCUUCGGAGGGAGAUGGGGCCAAGGAGAAGAGUAUUGACGAUACUGAGAUUAAAAGUGCUUUCAAGAGAAGAGCUGAGGCUGUGGCGGGGGAAUUUGCUAGAGUUGCGAGAAUGUCAAAAUCAGAGGUGGUCCCAAAUGGGGAACUGCCCAAUCAAUAA